CGGCGACACCCGAUGGUCGCCCCGUCUGCAUCAUCGUGCGUCGUGGCGACACCCGAUGUUGCACAGCAAGAAACACUCCGUGCCUCCUCUCUGUCCGGGCAGCGGGUCCCGAUGUGCUGCGAACCAUCGGGUGUCGCGGCGACACCCGAUGGUCGCACCGUCUGCAACAUCGGGUGUCCAGGCGACGCCCGACCAUCGGCAACAAGACGAGGAGGAGGAGGAGGAGGAGCAGCAGCAGCAACAACAAGACGUGGAGGAGGAAGAGGACGAGGAGGAGGGAGAGAAAGAGGAGGAGGAGAACGAGGAAGAGGACGAGGAGGAGGAGGAGGAGGAAGAAGAAGAACAACAAAAAGACGAGGAGGAGGAGGAAGAGGAGGAGGAGGUGGAAGAAGAAGAACAACAACAAGACGAGGAGAAGAAGGAGGACGAGGAGGAAGAGGAAGAGAAGGAGGAGGAGGACGAGGAAGAGGAGGAGGAGGAGAAGAACAAAACCUUUGCUUGCCAUGGAGGACUGUCGAGAACGUGCCCCCGAAUAGUGGAUGGCGAGAAGAGUGGAUGGCGAGAAGAGUGGGGCAAAAAGAUUGAUGGCAAAAAUAGUGGACGGCGAGAACAGUGGAUGGCGAGAAUAGUGGAUGGCGAGAAGAGUGGGGCGAUAAGAUUGAUGGCGAGAAUAGUGGACGGCGAGAAGAGUGGAUGGCGAGAAGAGUGGAUGGCAAGAAGAGUGGAUGGCGAGAAGAGUGGGGCGAGAAGAGUGUAUGGCGAGAAGAGUGGAUGGCAAGAAGAGUGGAUGCCGAGAAGAGUGGAUGGCAAGAAGAGUGGGCGCAGCCUUGAUGGCGAUAAGCGUGGAUGGCAAGAUGAGUGGUUGGCAACCUUGAUGGCGAGAACAGCGGAUGGAGAGUGGAUGGCGAGAAGAGUGGAUAGCGAGAAUAGCGGAUGGCGGGAAGAGUGGAUGGCGAGAAGAGUGGAUGGCGGGAACACUGGAUGGCGAGAAGAUUGGAUGGCGGGAAAGGUGGUCGACAACCUUGCUGGCGGGGAAGUGGGCAGAAGUCUUGAUGGCGAGAAGAGACGAUGGGGUGGUUGGAUGGCAACAUGGUCGGUUGGUCCGGUGGCGGGAUGGCAGGAAAGUUGGAUGGUCAGGUGGUCGGAAGAUGGGAUGGGAGGAUGGGAGGAUGGGAGGAUGGUCGGGUGGUCCGGUGGCGGAAUAGCAGGAUGGGAGGAUGGCAAGAUGGCAAGAUGGGAGGAUGGCAAGAUCGAAGGAUGGUCGGGAGGCAGGAUGGCAGGAUGGCAGGAUCGGAGGAUGGGAGGAUGGGAGGAUGAGAGGAUGGUCGGAUGGUCGGGUGGUGGGGUGGCAAGAUGGUCGGAUGGGAGGAUCGGAGGAUGGGGGGAUGGCAGGAUGGGAGGAUGUGAUGAUGGAAGGAUGGUCGGGUGGUGGGAUGGGAGGAUGGUCGGAUGGUCGGGUAGUGGGACGGCAGGACGACAUGACUGUCGGGUGGUGGGAUGGGAGGAUGGUCGGAUGGGACGGUGGUGGGAUGGCAGGAUGGGAGGGUGGCAGGAUGGCAGAAUAGCAAAAUCAGAUAAUGGUAGGGCAGCAGGAUGGCAGGAUGGCAGGGUUGCAGGAUGGCAGGAUGGAAGGAUGGGAAGAUGGGAGGAUUGGAGGAUGGGAGGAUGGGAGGAUGGGAAGAUGGGAGGAUGGGAGGAUGGGAGGAUGGCAGGAUGGGGUGAUGGGGGGAUGGGAGGGCGGUGGGAUGGGAGGAUGGGAGGAUGGUCGGGUGGUCGGGUGGUGAGAUGGAAGGAUGGCACGACGGUCGGGUGGAGCGGUGGAGCUAGACCAUCCAUCGGAUGGUGGGGUGUCGCAUCGAAGCCAGACCAUGAGAUGAUGGGGUGUCGCGUCGAAGCCCCGCAAUCGGGCGGUAGGAUGGGAGGACGGGAUGGGAGGAUGGGAGGAUGGCCGGAUGGUCCGGUGGUGGGAUGGCAGGAUGGGAGGAUGACAGGAUGGCGGAAUGGCAAGAUCGGAGGAUGGUCGGGCGGCGGGCUGGCAGGGUUGCAGGAUGGCAGGGUUGCAGGAUGGCACGACGGCCGGGUGGAGCAGUGGAGCCAGACAACCGUAUGGUGGGGUGUCACAUUGAAGCCCGACUAUCAAAUUGGAGGAUCGAAGGAUAGGGGAAUGGCAGGAUGGGAGGAUGGGAUGAUGGGAGGAUGGUCGGGUGGUGGGAUGGGAGGAUGGUCGGAUGGUCGGGUGGUGGGACGGCAGGACGGCACGAUGGCCAGGAUGGCGGAAUGGCAAAAUCGGAGGAUGGUAGGGCAGAGGGAUGGCAGGAUGGCAGGGUUGCAGGAUGGCAGGAUGGGAAGAUGGGAGGAUGGAAAGAUGGGAGGAUGGGAGGAUGGGAGGAUGGCAGGAUGCGUCGAUGGGGGGAUGGGAGGAUGGGAGGGUGGUGGGAUGGGAGGAUGGGAGGAUGGUCCGGUGGUGGGAUGGCAGGAAGGCACGACGCCCCGCAAUCGCACGGUAGGAUGGGAGGAUGGGAGGACGGCAGGAUGGGAGGAUGGGAGGAUGGGAGGACGGUCCGGUGGUGGGAUGGCAGGAUGGGAGGAUGGGAGAAUGGCGGAAUGGCAAGAUUGGAGGAUGGUCGGGCGGCGGGCUGGCAAGGUUGCAGGAUGGGAGGGUUGCAGGAUGGUCCGACGGUCGGGUGGAGCGGUGGAGCCAGACCACCGUAUGGUGGGGUGUCGCGUUGAAGCCCGACUAUCGGAUUGGAGGAUCGGAGGAUGGGGGAUGGCAGGUUGGGAGGAUGGGAGAAUGGGAGGAUGGUCGGGUGGUGGGAUGGGAGGAUGGUCGGAUGGUCGGAUGGUCGGGUGGUGGGAUGGCAGGACAGCACGGCGGCCGGGUAGUGGGAUGGGAGCAUGGUCGGAUGGUCGGGUGGAUGGGAGGGUGGCAGGAUGGCGGAAUGGCCAGAGGAGGAUGGUAGGGCAGCAGGAUGGCAGGAUGGCAGGAUGGCAGGGUUGCAGGAUGGCAGGAUGGGAGGAUGGGAAGAUGGGAGGAUGGCAGGAUGCAUCGAUCGGGGGAUGGUCGGGUGGUUGGAUGGGAGGAUGGUCAAAUGGUCGGGUGGUGGGACGGGAGGACGGCACGACGGAUGGGAAGGAUGGCAGGAUGGCGGAAUGGCAAGAUCGGAGGAUGGUAGGGCAGCAGGAUCGCAGGAUGGCAGGGUUGCAGGAUGGCAGGAUGGGAGGGUGGGAAAAUGGGAGGAUGGGAGGAUGGGAGGAUGGCAGGAUGCGUAGAUGGGGGGAUGGGAGGAUGGGAGGGUGGUGGGAUGGGAGGGUGGUGGGAUGGCUGGACGGCACGACGGUCGGGUGGAGCGGUGGAGCUAGACCAUCGAUAAGAGGAUGGCAGGAUGGCAAAAUGGCAAGAUCAGAGGAUGGUCGAGCGCCGGGCUGGCGGGGUUGUAGGAUGGCAGGGUUGGAGGAUGGCAGGGUUGCAGGAUGGCACGACGGUCGGGUGGAGUGGUGGAGCCAGACCAUCGUACGGUGGGGUGUCGCGUUGAAGCCCGACUAUCGGAUGGGAGGAUCGGAGGAUGGGGGGAUGGCAGGAUGGAAUGAUGGGAUGAUGGGAGGAUGGUCGAGCGGUGGGAUGGGAGGAUGGUCGGAUGGUCGGGUGGAUGGCGGAAUGGCAAGAUCGGAAGAUGGUAGGGCAGCAGAAUGGCAGGAUGGCAGGGUUGCAGGAUUGCAAGAUGGGAGGAUGGGAAGAUGGGAGGAUGGGAGGAUGGGAGGAUGGCAGGAUGCGUCGAUGGGGGGAUGGGAGGAUGGGAGGGUGGUGGGAUGGGAGGAUGGCCGGAUGGUCGGGUGGUGGAAUGGCAAGACGACACGACGGUCGGGUGGAGCGGUGGAGCUAGACCAUCGAUGGGAGGAUGGCAGGAUGGCGGAAUGGCAAGAUCGGAGGAUGGUCAGGCGGCGGGCUGGCAGGGUUGCAGGAUGGCAGGGUUGCAGGAUGGCGCGACGGUCGGGUGGAGCGCUAGAGCCAGGCCAUCGUAUGGUGGGGUGUCGCGUUGAAGCCGGUAUUCGGAUGGCAGGAUCAAAGGACGGGGGGAUGGCAGGAUGGGAGGAUGGGAUGAUGGUCGGAUGGUCGGUUGGUGGGAUGGGAGGAUGGGAGGAUGGUCGGGUGGUGGGACGGCAGGACGGCACGACGGCCAAGUUGUGGGAUGGGAGGAUGGUCGGAUGGUCGGGUGGUGGGAUGGCAGGAUGGGACGGUGGCAGGAUGGCGGAAUGGCAAGAUCGGAGGAUGGUCGCCAAGGUGUCAGUGCCUUGGUCGAGGAGUGGAAAGACGAGCGACCAGAUAUUCGAGAAACACGAAGAAUGGAAACGUCAGUGGAAAACAAGUCGCCGAGACUACUUGGAGAAACAGUUAAACAUGUUUCAUAAGCUGGAACAGGAAAAAACCUCGCAGCUCGCUCCGUUGUCAACUCCGUUCUGGCCAACACCGAUGACGGGAAGCGUAGAAGAGGUGAAGGUGGAACUUUCUAUUGCCGAUUCGCCGCCGAGGAAACCAUGUUUCGUAGGUUAUAAGAGUGAUGUCCCGAAACCGGAGUUCGACCCGGCAAAGCAUGUUGUUAUCGGUUGUUCCGUAGUGAUGCGCACUCCAGACGAGAAUGCGGACAAAUGAGUUAGUUUUUGGGUAGGACGUGUUCAAGAGAAAUUUGAGGACUCAGACCAAAUUCUCGUAG